CUGCGAUCGAACGCGCGCCCACCACCCCGGACAACCCAUAUAUAAGCUCGAAGGUUAUCCAUUUGAGCUACUAGUGUUGCGUCAACAUGGUUGUCCUCGCAGCGUCGAUAUGCACCCGCGGCGGGAAGGCUGUCCUCUCCCGCCAAUUCCGCGAAAUGCAGCGCUCGCGCAUUGAAGCCCUCCUCGCCUCAUUUCCCAAGCUCGCCGACGGCGCCUCCCAACACACCACCGUAGAGCAGGACAAUGUGCGCUACGUGUACCAGCCGCUUGACGAGCUGUACAUGGUGCUCAUUACCAACCUCCAGUCCAACAUCUUGCAAGACAUCAACUCUCUGCAUCUUUUCGCCCAGGUCGUAUCCUCAAUAUGCAAGUCGCUAGAUGAACGCGAGAUCUUGAAGAAUGCGUUCGAGCUGCUGGGCGCUUUUGAUGAGAUCGUCACGCUGGGCUAUCGGGAGAACCUCACCUUGUCCCAAAUUAAGACUUUCUUAGAGAUGGAGAGUCACGAGGAGAGGAUUCAGGAGAUUAUUGCACGGAACAAGGAACUCGAGGCCACCGAGGAGCGCAAACGUCGUGCCAAGCAGCUCGAAAUGCAGCGCAAGGAAAUGUCAAGGUCAUCACGCGCAAUGGGAGGAGGCGGAGGCAUGGGAAGCAUGGGCGGCAUGGGCAGCGCACCUCGCACACCUCAGUACCCCUCGUACACGCCCAGCACCCCUGCCACCGUUCCCGAUACCUAUGAUUCGUAUGAAGCCGAGAAGAAGAAGACUAGCAAGCCACUAGCACUGGGCAAGAAGGGCAUGCAGCUCGGCAAGAAGAAAACCACCUCCAACAUCUUCGACCAAGUUGCAGGCGAUCUGCCUCCUGAGAGCGAACCCCUUGUUGCCUCACCCAAGACCUCCGCCCCCGCCGCAGCGCCAGCGAGCGCUCGUCAGUCCACCUCGAACGACCGCGAAGCUGUGCACAUCACCACCAACGAGUCCAUUUCCGCACGCUUGGACAGAGAAGGUCUGCUCAAGUCAUUUGAGGUCAAGGGAGAAAUGCAACUCAAGAUCUCCGACCCGGCCCUUACGCAAGUGAAGCUCGACUUACAAGCCGGCGACACCCGAGGCGCUCAGCUCAUGACACAUCCAAAGGUCGACAAGGCUGCUUUCCGCAACAGCCAGGUCAUCCAGCUUGCGGAUACCAGUAAGGGAUUUCCCUCGAACAUGGGAAUUGGUGUCAUGAAAUGGAAACUCGCGCCCAAGGCAGAAGAUGUAUCAGAUCCACCGAUCACGUUCCGCGUAUGGGUCGAGGACUCGGGCAAGAUGUUCAACAUCACUGUAGAAUAUGAGCUGGCUGGCGGUGACGCGUUGAAGGACGUCACCGUCACCAUACCGUUCCAGACAGACGAGCCAAAUGUGUCGUCCUUUGACGCUGUAUACGAAGUCAGCGGCGAUAGCCUGGAGUGGAACAUCGGUACCGUAGACGAAGAGCACAGCUCCGGCAGCUUUGAGUUCGAGGCUCAGGCCGAGAGCGAGGCUGAGUUUUUCCCCAUGAGGGUACGCUUCAGCAAGGCGACUCCCUUCGUGGACGUCAGCGUUGCCUCCGUUACGCUUCUCUCUAUGAACCAAGACAUCAACUUCACCACGGAUAUCAAGUCCGUCGCGGAUGUCUACGAGAUUGUAUAAGCUCACCUGGCCCUGUAACGGCGUGCGUCUGGCUUAGUGGAGUGUUCGCAUAUAAUGUGCACGGGACUAGCAUAGACAGGACCGAAGCAAAAUCAUUGAAGAUGCAAUUAUGAUGACU